UAUGCCUCGAAGAGAUUAAUAAUCGAAUAUUUAAAUUUUCUUUUAGGAGAGAAAUUGAAUUUAAAAUCCUUGUAAAACAUGUCAAGAACAUAUUUGGGAGAUGUUGUUGGAAGAAUCUACCCAAGAAUGGGCUCCAGUUUUCUCAACCUGUCAGCUGAUCAGAAUCUCCUCCUGCACUUCAACAUAGUUUUCAUCAAGGCAUAUCUCCUCAUACAUGUCUUGGGAAAUGUUAUUCCAAUGAUAAGCGCAAUCACAUUAUCGUCCAUCAUGAUUUUAUUCACCGCUUUGCAAUAUCCUGUGUCAAAAUGCCACUUGUUCGUUUUAGCAAUGUGGUUUGGCAUAAAUUUUUUAGCAUACUAUAAAGAUUUCCCUUCAUUUGUUUUUGCCUAUGUUAUAAUAAGUUCAUUCAGAGAAGAAAUAAUUCAAUUUUUUAUGGAUGUUUUUGUACUAUUAGGCCUGAUAUUUUUUCUCAUUAGUUCUUCCGAUAUAUCGAAGAUUUUCAACACGAACUUCUAUUUGCAAAGGAAUCUAUUGAUACAAUAUUUAGUACUCCAAUUUAUAAUGUUAUUUCAGUUAAAUCAACAGCACUAUCGCCGUUUAAGUGUUAUUUCUAUACUUUUUACAUCAGUUAUGCUGUCUCUGUAUGUGGAUAGAUCUUUUAUCUUGUUAUUUAAUGCUGUUUUUUAUGAUGUCUGUUUGUUGUUCUUUUAUGUACGUUGGAUAGGUAUAAAAAUGCUGGAAGAACAACGGAGAAGGGAAUUAGACCCGAUUGUGUUUUAAGUUUCAUCUCGAAAAUUGUUAAUUUUAUUUAGAAAUUGCAUGAUUAAAUUUCUUUUUAAAUGU